AUGACUACUCAGGAACCGCAACCUUCUCCGUCUCGCUGUUCUUCGCCUGAGCCUGUAAAGCCGUGGGAGCCUGUACUCGAAGCGCUGAACAAGGAGCAGCUGGUCCUCCAAGCAGCAUCACUCCACCAACGUCUUCAUGGCAAAGCCUCCACCCCUUCCAUCGGCGAGCACAUGAUGGGUUCCUUCAACGUCUGCUUUCCAUUGACAUUCAAAAGCGGCCUCCGCUGGCUCAUCAAGUUCCCUUUCGCCGGCACGAAGGCCAAGUGGGACAAGCCGGCUAUUUCAGCUAUGAUAUCAGAAGCUCAAACCAUGCGUUUGAUCAAGCGCGAGACAACUAUUCCCCUCCCCGAGGUUCUGGACUUCUCUCCGACCAUAAGCAACCCCAUCGGCUGCCCUUAUAUUGUCAUGACCUAUAUCCCCGGCAUUCCUCUCCACACGUGGUGGUACGAAAAGCAAGAUGGACUCGACCUGGAAACCAUCCGUGCCCGCCGAACCCGCACCCUCGAAGGCAUCGCGCAGGCAAUGGUCCAACUGUCCAAAUUCACCUUUUCAACCGGCGGCUCCCUCGUCUUCAAUAAGGACGGCUCCCUCGACCCAACCCGUACCGGCCCCCUGCGCUAUUGGGACUUUAUGGAGGGCCUAAAGAACUAUGAGCCAGGUCCCUGGUACAAGGAGCGCGCUGUAUCCAGCGACACAAAGGACUACUACACCCUCAUGAUCGAUGUGCAUGCCCCAAAAGGCCCAUAUAAUGUUGCAGUUUAUGCGCUCCUGCGCCAGUUCAUCGCGUGGAUCCCCGAGCCGACGUCCGGCGGAAAGCCCUUCGUCCUGUCCCACCCCGACUUCAACAUGCAGAACAUGAUUGUCGACGAGAACGGCGUGCUGCAGGGGAUUAUCGACUGGGAUGGCGUGGGCGCUUUGCCCCGCACCCUCGGCAACGAGAAGCUGCCCCUGUGGCUGACGGAGGACUGGAACCAGGACGAAUACCUGUUCAUCGCGAACUCGGACGACGAGGACAACGACGAGGACGAAAACGACGCGCCCGAGGACUACGCCUACAACCGCGCCGUCUACAUCGACCUCAUCGAAAAGGCGAAGCGUCGCAUGCGCCGGGGCAACUCGCCUGUGGAACGGGUCUGGACGUACAUCAAGGGGAAGAAGGUGUUUUCUAAGAAGAAGAACAAUAUCUGCCGCAUGUCGCUCUUCACCCAGAACCUUGCCGCCGCUGUGUGGGACCCCAUACGCCGCCAGGAGGUCAUGUCCAAGUUAGUUAGGAAUUGCUGGGUUGUUCAGGGGGGGCCAGAGGACUACCGCUGUGCUGGUGACAUGGGUUCUGUCUGUGCUGCACAGGAGGAGGAUCCCUGCGAUACCAUUGACACGAUGCGGGAUGGGUUUCUUAUGUUGUUGGCCAAGGAGGGCUUGUAA